AUGAGGAUGAUUCUGAAUCUGAGAUCCCUGGUGAUUCGCGGUGGGCGAUCCAAUUUCUCUGGAACGGCGGCGACACGCCGCAAUUUCGCAGGGCUGAAUGGAGGCGACGGCGGCGCUGUGUUCACCAGUUCGUUCGGUCAUCCUCCUUCGUAUCCUCCUUCUGUUGCCCGUGGAUGUUAUGCUAAUCUCUAUCACGGUUCUUCUCGGAUCAAAGCAGAUGCUCGGAUAUCUAAUGCUUUCCUUGCUGCUCACUAUUCUACUACCAACGGAGCUAAGGCUGGUGAUACCCCUGGUGCUGUUUUGAAACAUUCGUAUGCAAGAAGACUUGCAGCAGAUGUGGGCGUCAAAGUCCAUAAUGGUUUGGUUACCGCAGCAGCUACUGCGGUUAUUGGUGGCAGUGUGCUUCUUGCAGUGAAGAUUAUCUAUGAAAUGAAGAAGAUUAUCUAUGAAAUGACAGAGGAUUCCAUGAUGAAGGCAGAGGAUUUCGUGGCAAAGAAUGAAGAUUCUGAAGGAUGA